AUGAAUCUACGCUGGCAGCUUGGCGUCGCGUCGAAAGGCAACCUGGCGGGCUUUAGCUACCCAGCACCAACUGCCGUCACUGCUUCAUUUGACAUGCAAGACCAGAAUGUUUGUAAGAAGCGGCGAUGGAGAGGAAAGACUUCCAAAGCCACAGGAGAUCGCCAUUUCCGGUUCGUGGAGGGCAAUUUAGGGGAUAAAUUGGGUUGCAAAUCAAAAACAGCCCCAAAACCGAAAUCCUUCCCGUCAAAAAGCGGCAGGGCAAAGCGACGUGAAGAGAACCCCGACUUUCAACCUACUUUUGAGUCGCCAGGCGUUUCGCCUGUUUCACUAUCAUUUUUGACGUCCCCCGAUGCCAACGAAGUCGUUGUAGACGCGAAUCCUGAUUGCGGUAAGGGGGCCUGA